AUGCCUAACUAUGUGAAAUUCAUGAAAGAUAUCCUAUCCAAGAAGAGAAGGUUAAGGGAGUUCGAAAUUGUUGCACUUACUGAAGGGUGUACAACAAUGCUGAAGAAUAGACUACCACCAAAAUUAAUAGAUCUAGGGAGUUUCACUAUACCCUGUUCGAUUGGAAACCAUGGUCUUGGUAAAGCAUUAUACAAUCUAGGUGUCAGUAUCAAUGUAAUGCCUAUGUCUGUUUUUAGGAAACUUGGGAUAGGAAAGGCAAGACCUACUGCAGUCACAAUACAAUUAACUGAUAGAUCAUAUGUCCAUGCAGAAGAUAAAGAGGUACCUAUAAUACUUGGACGGCCUUUCUUAGCAACUGGUAGAACAUUGAUUGAUGUACAGGAAGAUGAAGAAUGCCAUGCUCUUGAAUAUGUUGACGAUAUAAUUCAAGAAGAAUUUGCAGAACAUAUGAACCACAAUUCUGAUGCAAACUCUGUUGAAUGA